AGCGCAUAGCAGUAGCGUCAUUUCCGUCAAUUUUGAACAUGGAGGUGAAUGGACUGAAGCUGAAUUUCUGGGAGAACGGACCGAAACCCGGUCAGUUUUAUUCAUUCCCGGGUAACAGCAGCAGUAGUGCGGCUCCAGGAUGUGGACCCAUCAAACACACACUCAACCCCAUGGUAACGGGCACAUCAGUGCUGGGUGUGAAGUUCACUGGAGGUGUGAUCAUUGCUGCUGACAUGCUCGGCUCUUAUGGCUCCCUGGCGCGCUUCCGCAACAUCUCCCGACUCAUGAAGGUCAACAACAGCACCAUCCUGGGAGCCUCGGGAGACUAUGCUGACUACCAGUACCUUAAGCAGGUCAUUGAGCAGAUGGUGAUUGAUGAAGAGCUUCUUGGAGAUGGACACAGCUACACCCCUAAAGCCAUCCACUCCUGGCUCACGCGGGUCAUGUAUAACCGCCGCAGCAAGAUGAACCCCUUGUGGAACACAGUGGUCAUUGGUGGAUUUUACAAUGGAGAGAGCUUUCUUGGUUAUGUGGACAAGUUAGGAGUUGCAUAUGAAGCCCCAACAGUAGCAACAGGAUUUGGUGCUUAUUUGGCUCAGCCCUUGAUGAGGGAGGUGACGGAGAACAAGGUAGAAAUCACAAAGGAUGAGGCACGAGCGCUGAUAGAGCGAUGCCUGAAAGUUCUGUACUACCGUGAUGCCCGUUCCUACAACAGGCAUGAAAUCGCCAUUGUAACAGCUGAAGGAGUUGAGAUUAUAGGACCACUGUCAUCUGAAACAAACUGGGACAUUGCCCAUCUGGUCAGUGGUUUUGAAUGAGUCUUGUUCUGCUGCCCGUUUUGCCACAUCAUCUUUGGACAUGCUCUUAGCACCACCAGAUCACUAUUGUAUUGUCAAGACUACAGUUAGAAUUGUUUCUUGCUCUUUUGUUAUACAUAAAUAAACUUCAUAAAAUUGUUUGCCAUGUGCUCAUUGUUCUUCUAUAAUUGGUCAGUAAAUCAAAAAUUCAUAUGCAAGUUUU